AUGAUCAAGGAGUUAUUCUUUGGUUUCCUAUUAAUCCAUUCAUCAAUAGCCAAACAUGGCCGUUCUGGCAAUAACAAACCAGCAAGACAGGUUCAGACAAGACGGUUGCAAGCAGUCCCUGGUCCAGGUCCUGGACCCGGACCAGGACCAGGACCGGGCAAGAAAUGGCUAACUUUGAACGGUAAGGAACCGUUGGUGAUUGCCCAAGGAGGGUUUCCGGGGUUGUUUCCUGAUUCUUCUGAGGUGGGCUAUGCCGCGGCUAUAGCAAUGGGCGUGGUCGGUACCCUUAAGUAUUGUAACUUGCAAUUAACGAAAGAUAAUCUCGGAGUUUGUCUUGCGGAUUUGAAGCUUAAUAAUUGCACGGAUGCGCCUAUCAAGUUCCCGAAGCAGCAACGAAGGUACAAUGUUAACGGGCAUGAUAUCGAUGGUUGGUUCCCAGUCGAUUUCACUAUCGAUGAGAUAAUGAAGGAAGUUCAUUUGAUGCAGAAUAUUUUCUCGAGAGCAAGUGUUUUCGAUUUUGUAUUCCCUGCCCUCCCACCUGAUAGUGUUUUCGGCCUCGAACCAAAAGGAAAACUAUGGUUGAAUGUUCAGAAUGAUGGGUUUUGGAGUCAACACCAGUUGAAUGCAAUACAAUACAUCGAUGAGUCGAAGGAAUUCUUCGUGGCCGAUUUUAUCUCGUCACCGGAGAUCGGUUUCUUGAAGGCCAUAAGCGGGAGCAAAACCUUCGACAAGACGAUAACGAAGCUUGUUUUCCGGUUCCUAAGCCCCGUGGAGGCUGAGCCGACUUCCAAAGAAACGUAUGGAGCCCUCGUAAAGAAGCUCAAUAUGAUCAAAACAUUUGCAUCGGGGAUUCUCGUCCCAAAAGACUACAUAUGGCCCGUGGGUAAAGAUGGAUACUUGCGACCAGCAACCACCCUCGUGGAAGAUGCUCAUAAAGAUGGCCUCGAAGUGUUUGCUUCAGGAUUUGCAUCUGAUGUGUUUUCUAGUUACAAUUACAGCUAUGAUCCGACGGUCGAAUACUUGCAGUUCGUCGAUAAUUCACAGUUUUCCGUAGACGGGGUCAUUACAGAAUUCCCGGGAUCUGCUUCAAACGCUAUCGCAUGCUUAGCUCAAAAUCCAAAUUCGAGCACAAAAAUCGCGCAAAUUUUGAUCAUAUCUCACAAUGGAGCGAGUAUCGACUACCCUGGGUGCACCGAUCUUGCAUAUAAGAAGGCGAUCAGCGAUGGGGCAGAUAUAAUCGAUUGCAAUGUUCAAAUGACGAAAGAUGGUGUCGCAUUUUGCCUGGAUUCGGCUGACCUCUUAGGAAAAACCAAUGCGGCAAUGGCUUUUAUGGAUAGAUCAACUUCGAUUCCCCAAAUUCAACCAAAAAGUGGCGUUUUCACGUUCGAUGUCACCUGGACUGAGAUCAAAUCCGUUAAGCCGUUGAUUCAAAACCCAUUUCAGUCUGGCGGAUUGCAACGAAAUCCUAAAUCAAAGAAUGCCGGAAAGUUUCUAACGCUUCUCGAGUUCUUGGAGCUUGCUAACAAGAACACGGAGACGGGUGUUCUUAUUGGAAUUCAACAUGCCGCUUAUCUAGCAGCGAAGAAAGGCCUCGACAUUGUCCGCACUGUCACAGGUGCGCUAAAAAAAGCGACGUUGGACCCAAAAAAACAAGUUUUGAUUCAAUCUGAUGACACCUCGGUCUUGGCAAAAUUCAAGGCAUCGGCCCCGACAUACCAAAGAGUUUUGUUGCUCACGAAACCAAUCAGCAAUGUACCAAAGCCCGUCACCAGUGACAUCAAGAAAUACGCUGAUGCGGUUAAUGUGGUUAAGAAGUCGAUUAUCCAAGAGAACAAGAUCUUCAUUACCACCGGCUCGACAAAAAUUAUUGAUGAAAUGCAUACAGCAAACAUCUCGGUGUAUGUCUCAGGAUUCUCGACGGAGACUCUAAGUAUGAUGCUUGAUUUCUAUAGCGAUCCGUAUACUGAGCUUAUUACGUUUCUUAUGGAGGGUAUCGACGGCGUGAUCACAGAUAACCCAAAGACAGCAAGCGCAUUUAUGAGGAGUCCAUGUGUUGACCCGAACAGUGCGGCAUCGUUCGUUUUCCAACCGGUUAAACCGGGUGAUUACCUUGCUCAGGUUCAACCGGAGGCGUUGCCGCCAGCAUCACCACCACUCCCUCCACUUGAAGAGUCUGAUGUUGUCGAUCCGCCACUUCCUCCUGUGAAUGCUGCUGCACGCAAAGAAGACUCCAAAUCCGGUGGUGGUAGCAGUGGCGAUGGCAAGGAUGGUUCCUCGGAAUCCGGCCAGCCACGUCUUGUCAUUGAUGUAGUGGUAACAAUCUUAUUGUUGGUUGGAUUGGUGUCUCUUAUUGGAUGUUGA